AACGAUGGCUUCUCUAUCCUGCUAUUCCGUCUUUUUUCUUCUUCUUCUCCUCUUUUCCUGUUUUCUUAAUGUCAUGGCAGCCAAGCAGACCUACAUUGUACAUAUGAAGCAUCACCAUAAGCCCUCAUCCUUCGCCACCCACCACGAUUGGUACGUUUCCCAUCUUCAAUCCCUCUCAUCCCAUCCUUCUUCCCUUCUCUACACCUACACCACCGCCUACCAUGGUUUCGCCGCCUCCCUCGACCCUGACCAAGCCAAGUCCCUCCGCCUAUCCUACUCUGUUCUGGGUGUGUACCAGGACUCUGUUUACCACCUCCACACCACUCGUACCCCCAAGUUCCUAGGCCUUGACACAGACCAUGGCUUGUGGGCAGGUCACCCCACGCAGGAUCUCGACGAAGCUUCCGAAAAUGUCAUAAUCGGCUUCCUCGACACCGGCAUUUGGCCUGAAUCCAAGAGCUUCGACGAUUCGGGAAUGGCCCAAGUCCCUUCCAGAUGGCGAGGCCAGUGCGAAUCCGGCGUCGAUUUCAGCCCUUCUCUGUGCAACAGGAAACUCAUCGGUGCUCGUAGCUUCUCUAAGGGCUACCUAAUGGCCUCAGGUGGGAAAUUCAAGAAGGAAAUUAAGGAGAUAGACUCGCCUCGGGACCAAGUCGGACACGGCACUCACACGACGAGUACCGCCGCUGGGUCACCUGUCGUGAACGCUAGCUUCCUCGGCUACGCCAAUGGUACUGCUCGCGGGAUGGCCACACGAGCUCGUGUCGCCUCUUAUAAGGUGUGUUGGAGCACCGGUUGCUUUGGUUCCGACGUUCUCGCUGCAAUGGAUCGUGCCAUUGCCGACGGUGUUGAUAUCCUCUCGCUUUCCCUCGGAAGUAAGCCACAACCUUACUACCGUGACCCAAUUGCCAUCGGAACAUUUACGGCUUUGGAGAUGGGAAUCUUCGUGUCCAGCUCCGGUGGGAAUACUGGGCCCGGCCGGGCAUCGGUGGUCAAUGCGGCUCCUUGGAUGACCACCGUCGGCGCCGGAACUCUGGAUCGUGAUUUCCCUGGUUACAUUCAGCUCGGGAAUGGGAAACGGUUCGUCGGCGUGGGGCUGGACAGGGCAACCGGGAUGGGUUCGAAAGCGGUUGGUUUGGUUUACGAUAAAACCAACAGUUCGAGCAGCUUCUGCUUGCCUGGUUCGCUUGAACCGGGGCAGGUUCGUGGAAAGGUGGUGUUAUGCGGCAAUGGUAUCAAUGAGCGAGUGGAGAAGGGUGAGGUGGUACGCGCCGCCGGGGGAUUGGGGAUGAUACUGGCCCAUUCCGCGGCCAGUGGGGAGGUGUUGGUGGCAGACUGCCAUAUGAUACCGGCGGUGUCGGUGGAAAUGAAAGUAGGGGAUAUGAUCAGGGAAUAUGUGGUGUCCGAUCCAAAUCCGACGGUCCUACUGAGCUUUGGAGGGACAGUGCUGAAUGUACGUCGGUCACCGGUGGUAGCCGCAUUCAGUUCAAGAGGGCCCAACACGAUUACACCCCAGAUAUUGAAACCGGACCUGAUCGGACCAGGGGUUAACAUCUUGGCUGGGUGGUCGGAUUUGGUGGGACCCACUGGUCUUGCGCAAGACACCAUGAAGACCCGGUUCAAUAUCAUGUCAGGUACAUCAAUGUCGUGUCCCCACAUCAGUGGGGUGGCUGCGUUGCUCAAGGCGGCCCACCCGGAUUGGAGCCCAACUGCCAUCAAAUCCGCGCUCAUGACGACUGCCUACACCCACGACAACACCAAAUCCCCUCUCCGCGACGCCGCAGGUGGUGGUUUCUCCACACCAUGGGCCCAUGGGUCGGGUCAUGUGGACCCGCGUAAAGCCCUCUCCCCUGGCCUUGUCUACGAUGCUACCCUCGCAGACUACAUUGCUUUAAUCUGCUCAUUAGACAACAGCACCGAUCACGUUCAAGCCAUCACCAAGCGGCCCAACGUCACUUGUUCCCGGCGGUUCAAAGACCCGGUUGAGUUCAAUUACCCAUCGUUCUCGGUGUCGUUUGAGAAGACCCGGUGGGUCGUCGAGUACACCAGAGAAUUGACCAAUGUCGGGGCUGCCUCUUCCACCUAUAACGUUACUGUGUGUGGGUCCCCAAGCGUAGAGGUGAAAGUCACUCCCACUAGGCUUGUGUUCAGAGAGGUAGGGGAGAAGCUGAGAUACACAGUCACGUUCGUGGCAAAGAAGGGUAUGAUGAAUCGGGUUGAAACGGGUCCGGAGUCCGGGUGGAUCGUUUGGGGUAACGAGCAAUACCAAGUUCGAAGCCCAGUCUCUUACGAAUGGACGCAAUCACAACUGUGAU